AGCAACAUGGACACAUCAGUGAACACCCCGUCGGUCACUCUGACCGUUCGCAUGAUAAUGCAAGGGAAAGAAGUCGGAAGCAUCAUUGGGAAAAAGGGUGACAACAUCAAGAAGUUCCGAGAAGAUUCCGGAGCCAAGAUCAACAUCUCGGAUGGCACUUGCCCCGAGCGCAUCGUUACCGUCACAGGGUCUACCGAAUGCAUUCUCAAAGCAUUUUCACUGAUUUGCGCCAAGUUCGAAGAGAUGUCUUCGCUCAGUGGAUCCCCUACCGAAUCUGCCCUCAACGGUCAGAAGGUACUCCCAGGGCAAACUCCACCUCCGGUCACUUUGCGUCUCAUCGUUCCCGCGUCGCAGUGCGGUUCCCUUAUCGGGAAAGCCGGCUCGAAAAUCCGCGAGAUUCGUGAGAUCACGGGUGCUUCGGUACAGGUGGCGUCCGAAAUGCUCCCCAACUCGACUGAGCGCACGGUGACAGUCGCUGGAACGGCCGAUGCUGUAACCAAGUGUAUCUAUCAAAUCUGUUGCGUCAUGUUGGAGUGCCCGCCGAAAGGAGCAACGAUUCCGUAUCGUCCAAAACCCGCGAUGCCCCCGGUAAUUUUUGCUGGAGGUCAGGCCUACACUGUUCAGGGAUCAUAUGCUAUUCCUCAUCCUGACCUAACAAAGCUCCACCAACUGGCUCUACAGCAUGCUCCUCUGCUGAAUCCGCCAACUUCCGCUGCUAAUGCCGCUCUAAAUCCUCAGGCAAUGGCUGCGGCUCUCGCCGCGUUGGCUCAAAGCCAGUCAGGAGCGGGAAGUGUGCGCGGAGUAGGCGUAGGUGCCGGCGCUGUGGCUGGUGUGGGGGUUGCCGGUUCCCAAAUUGGCGUCGGGGGUGUUGGCGGUGUGGGAGGCGUCGGUGGCGUUGCGCCCGGUGUCCCUGUGGCAGUAUCGUCCACCCAGGAGAUGCAGAUCCCUAACGACCUCAUCGGCUGUGUCAUCGGCAAAGGAGGGCAAAAGAUCAACGAGAUUCGGCAACUGUCGGGCGCGACGAUCAAGAUCUCCAGCACUGAAGAAGGCAGCAAGGAACGAUGCGUGUCAAUAUCGGGCACGCCUGAAGCCAUCAACCUGGCGCAGUACCUCAUCAACACAAGUAUGGACCUGGCGCGAACUCUCGCCGACCCUACCGCUGGUUUGUUGAUGCAGUUGAGUACACAAGCGAAUCUCGCGAGUGGACUGCCGGCCCAGCUCGGCCAGAAUACCAAAAAGGGCAAUUCGAAACCGUCGUCACCGAUUUCUGGUCAAACCUCACUCAACAGGAACGGGUCGGUGAAAUUUGCCCCGUACUAG